AUGAACUCCAAUGCUAGCGAACGCGACGAGAAGAAAGAUCAUGAUCGUAAUGGAGUCGACCAUCCCUCCGCCAACCACGCUUCGAAUCAAGCCCCAGCCAAAAGGCGGCUCGAAUCUACUGAAGUAGCAGUACCCACUUCCAGCCCUAAAAAGAAAAGAAUGAAGCAGAAGUCAGCCAGCAUCAACAUCCUGCAAACCACGCAGCCACUGCCCUUGAAGGAAGUACGCGAGUUUAUUUUAGCAUGCCUGCAACCAUCUGCACAACAUCCCGGUUGGGCUCAUUUCACCAACCGUGCCAAGAUCAAACAUGUUGCGUUGCUUUACGUCCAUGGACUGACGGAAAGCAUGCUCCAAGACCCUCCGUACAUCAAUGAAAUAUUUAAGGAAAAGUACAAUACACAUGUAGCUGGCAACAAAAAAUCGGUACUUCGAGAUCCAUUUUUUGACCUCAUCCAAUGCCCUAUGACGAAAAGUGCUAAACGUCGGCAAAUGGCAGCUCUGAAGGCCAAAACUCUAUCUCCAAAAGAUCUGAUCCUCGAUCAUUCCCAAUUAAUAGCUUAUAGCUAUCCUAUUCAUAGUUAUCAUCAAGCGGAUUCAGAACUUCCUGAAGGAUGGAUGGAAACCCCAAUAGAUAAAAGCAAGAUGGUAGAGGACCCAACACGCAUAAUUUCUUUGGACUGCGAGAUGUGUGUCACGACCAAAGGAAGGUCAUUGACAAGAGUAGCACUUGUGGAUCGAGAUGGCAAAUUACUGCUCGAUGAAUUAGUAAAGCCAGACGUACCUAUCAUUGACUACGUUACACAAUAUAGUGGGAUCACGGAAGAAAUGUUGAAGGACGUUACAACAACGCACGAAGAGGUUCAGCAUAUGGUUAUGAAACUCUUAGAUGAAAACACAAUGUUGCUUGGCCAUAGUCUGGACAACGAUCUUCAAGCACUGCGUAUACGACACCCAUUUAUUAUUGACACGGCUGUGACGUUCCCCCACCCUAGUGGACCGCCACUCAAAGCAUCCCUAAAAUGGCUCACAAACAAGUGGUUAUCUAAAGACAUACAAAGCGCAAGUUCGGGGCAUCAUCCUGUUGAGGAUGCGCAAGCAUGCCUUGACUUGGUGGAAAAAAAGCUAAGACAAGGGCCAUCGUUUGGAAUAUUUCAGUCUGACAUGGAUAGCAUAUUAGAUCAUCUGUCGGAUGCAAGUCAGCCGAAAACUGGUGCCAUCCUUUGUAGUAAAAACACGAUGACCAGCAAAAAUCAAUCACAUGCUAAUCAAGAUGACAGUUACUUUAUCACGGCAGACGAUGAUGAGUUAGCUCACCAAGUGUGUGCGAAGAUAAAACAAAAAGAUUUAAUUGUGGCUCGGUUCAGAUCCUUGGAAGAAACCCUUUUUCAGCAACCGCCGAAACAUGAAAUGGAAAUGGCCAUCCAAAGGUUUCAUGACUACGUUCAAAAGAUUUACGACGAGGCUCCUACUGGCACAGUCGUCGUCGUUGCAAAUGGUGGUGGAAACCGGCGCAAAUAUAAUAGGCAAGUCCAAGGUGUCUUGUGA